UCAGUCGUGUAUUCCAGUUUGUUAGUUGUUGUAGUGUAUUAAUAAUAGUCAUGCCAUCUUAUCUGUCAUUUAAGUUUGACAAAAAUUUCCUCAUCUUAUUAUGCAGGUCAGCAUGACUUUGAAUAUCUCAGCAGACUUGCAGUCACUUUUCACUUGGAACACAAAGCAGGUUUUUGUUUUCUUAGCUGCUGAAUAUGAAACCCCAAAGAACUCCUUGAAUCAGAUAUCCCUUUGGGAUGGUAUUAUACCCGCAAAGGAGAACGCAAAAUUCUGGAUUCACACCUCAAACAAGUACCGUUUCAUUGAUCAGGGAAGUAAUCUCCGCGGAAAAGAAUUCAACUUGACAUUGCACUGGCACGUGAUGCCCAAGACUGGGAAGAUGUUCGCCAACAAGGUAGUUAUGUCCGGAUAUCGCUUGCCGGAGGAAUAUAGAUGAGAAUGACGUGCAUUUUUGUUCCUGUAACUUUAGCGUUUCAGUACAUUGGGGAUACAAAAAUGGCCAUUUAAACUAGCAAGAGAACUAGAAACAGUAAAGGAUUUGAUUUUGACAUCGGAAAUGAAAAACUCUGUUGGAUUUUGAGUUUA